AAACUGGAAACUCGGAAUAACAAGUUGACUGCCAUACACUCAACAGCCUGAGAGAAUGUGUAGAAAGACACACCAGUUUCUUCUCUUUAUCUCCACAUCACCCCAAUAAGCACCCCCCCAUUCCCGUCUCACUCUGUUACUUCUGCUCGAGGGGACCAUCGCGCGAUUAAUUAAUAUUCCUCUGCGAACCUAGUAUGGUCCCGAGGCAGACGGAGGUUGCUCCUGGUUAAUCAUCACGCAACCACUAGCAAUACUCGCUAGGCUGUCGAUGAAAGUUGCCGUCGUAGGGUCUGGCGUUUCUAGCUUAGCUACGACAUGGCGCAUAUUCGCGAUUCGCGUUCUUCAAACUGAGUUGACGUUCAGGGUCUGCAGAGACUCGGACAUUUUUGAAUGUGCUGCAAAAUCAUCACGUCUUCUAGAUCCCGACAUGUGGCGAUUAAUCUAUGAUGUGCUCGGGUUCAGUGCCUGUGCACGACGCCUCGUCUCUAACAAGGCCUCUUCCGACGAUCCAGACUUGUCUUUUCUGCAGCUUAUGACAACUACAAUAUGUAGUACACCGCCUGAGAAGUGCCUUAUAAACAUCCCUGCUCGGACUUUGGUACGAUUCAUGAGUAAUCAUCACCUUUCACAGAUUACGGGUAAGCCGUCGUGCCUUACUAUUGAAGGUGGGGCUAUUGAGUCUGACUGCAUUCCCUAUUCGCAACUACUUGAUGCGAUAUUGUCAAAACUUCCUCAGGAAAAGUUACACUUGUCCUCUCCUGCGAAGGCCGUCACGACCGUCCUGCUGAAGACGCAUAACCCAGAUGCUAUCACAGUGUACGACUGGGUUAUUCUAGCAUGUCAUUCGGACGCACGACAAUUCUGGAAGGCGGACGCGAUCUGUGCUGACGGAGAAGACGUCCUCAAAAGUUUUGAAUGGAAUAUGAAUGUUGUAGUGCUGCACAGUGACAUUAACGUACUUGAUGCCAAAGCCAGGAAUGCUUGCUCGAACGACAAGGGUAAACACAAAGCUAACAUAAACAAAUUGCAGCAUCUGCCAAAGGAUCUUCACGGCCCGGUGCUGGCCACCCUAAACCCACCAACCGAUUCAAACGUCACUAAACCUGCUGCGCGAUUCGCCUACGAGCGCCCCCAUCCUCAACAGCAAGCGAUCAUCGCUCGGAAGGCAAUGACGAACAUUCAGGGCCGUGGCGGUGUCUUGUUCGCGGGAGCGUGGCUUGGGUAUGGAUUUCACGAGGACGGGUUUACGUCCGAUCUGCGCGCCGUUCUUUCAUUUGAUGGAGCUGGUGCUGAUCGCGAACCUUGCGUACCUUUGUUUGCUCCGCUCUUUGGCAGCUUGGAAAUUACUGGUAUAUGUGCUGUAGUUGGCACAGCUUUAACAUUGGCGCUCCUCAUCGUGCAGUCAUGA